UUAUUCAUAUUGAAAAACAGCAAAUGUUUAUAGGGCGUUUACCACCAAUCAAACGUCGUGGAAAGCAAUCAAUUUAUGUUGCUACAAUUGAGAAAGCAAAUAUGCUGGUUAAUAGUUUGAUUGAAGAGAAUCGAAUCGAAGAAGUUGGAGUUGUUGUUGUCGAUGAGCUACAUAUGAUUGGCGAGGAAGUUCGUGGUGCAGCUAUUGAACAAACACUUCUCAAGUACAUGCACAAAGGAUCUGGUCAAAUAAUCGGUUUAUCAGCGACACUUUCGAACAUCGAACAACUUGCGAGAUUUCUCUGUGCUUCGGUACGACUGAUUGAAAAAGUGAAAAUUGGCAGCUCACUUUAUUUGGUCACUGCGGAUAGAAAAUUGGAAUUCCAGUCGGAUUUAGGCGAAAAUAAAUUGGUGAGAAGUGAUCCCGAAGGAUUGGUACCUCUUUUGAGUGAUGUGUUACCUAGGAGAUCGGUUCUGAUUUUUUGCCCAACAAAACUGAACUGUGAAAAUGUUUGCGGAAUGCUUGCACGCCUCAUGCCAAAAUUAUGUGCGUUAGAAGCGUUACGGGAAGAACAAGAUGGAAAACUUUGCGCUUUGCUUGAGAAGAGUUUUUUGCGUGGCGUUGCCUAUCAUCAUAGUGGUUUAACGGCCGAUGAAAGGAGAAUUGUCGAAAAUGCUUUUCAGGACGGCGUGAUAAAUGUGAUAUGCUGUACAUCAACUCUAGCAGCAGGCGUAAAUUUACCAGCUCGACGUGUUAUAAUCAAAACUCCUCUGUUUUUGGAAAUGAUCAGUGGACCUUUGUUGGACUGCAAAAGUUCGCUGAGUGAGCCUUCGCUGUUCGCAUCUUUCUUGCUCGAUUUGAUUUUCCUAAAGAUAGCGCGAACAAAAGAAGAAUUAGAAUGUAUCGUACAAAAAACACUGUUUGGGAUACAGAACGAAAACAGUAAAGAGCUAGUGGCACAAACCUUGGAUUAUCUCAAAAAUCAUGAUUUGAUCUGCAUCGAUACUGAUGAGAAGUAUUCAGCGUCAAUGUUGGGAGUAGCUGUUUUUUCGGCUUCGUUGCCCCCGUGUACAGCGCAAAAAAUAUGCUCUUCAUUGCUGGACAAUUUGAACAGAGGUAUUAUAUUGUCCUCGGACUUCCACUUAAUAUUUAUCGUGGUACCAUUCAAUUUAGCUGUCACAAUUGACUGGGAUAUUUUUUAUGACGAGGUAAAAUUGCAUUGGUAAUU